AGUCACGCCGCCAUCACUGCGCUUCAUGCUCUGCUGCGAUUCUGCUCUCCUUCUCCACUUCUCCUUCAGUUUUCCUCUUCAAUUUCCUCUCCGAUAAACCCUAGCUGAGCAUCAUGGCCGGAAUUUGUGUUUCGGAGGCGCAUUUGGUCGAUCAUUUGGUGUCCGACUUGAUUUUCGUGUGUUCCUUCGUGCGCUCGCGCCUGCUCUACUUUUGCUACUUGGUUUUCCUGCUUCCGUAUGUUCUGAAGCUUCUGGCGUUUCUAUACCCUCUGUUUGUCACCAGUUUGCUCGUUUUGGCGGCGGUUUGCGUUGGUUUUGUGGAUGAGGAAUUCUCUGGUGGGUUGGAUGGCUGCAGAGUUGGUUAUUUGGCGGUUUUGUAUGAGUCAGUUGCGGAUAGACUGCACCGGGGAGAAAUGUAUGAUCGGAGCGAGGAAUUUAAGAGUUUUCAGGAGUUUGGAUUGUUUGAGAUGCUGUUUGGUUCGUCCAUUGCUGAAGUUUUGGAGGAGAGUCCAGUUGAAGGUCCGUCGGCGCAUAUUUCGGAGGUUUCAGAUCACGGCGAUGGAAAUGAAGGCUUGGCGGUGGAAUCAGACUCAAUUACUUGCAACAAAUCGGAAAAACCUUGUGCUAAAAUUGAAGAAAAGAGGUUGGAGAAUUUCCUGAAGAUAUUAGAUCAGUUCGAGCGAAUGGCGUCCAGUGUGGAAGAGAAGAAAAACUCGAUGCAGGUAAAGUGCACAAAUGCCAAUAAAGUUGUUGAAAAACGAAAGGCAGAAUUACCAGAGGCGAAUGGAUCCGAGGCAGCUUCUGUUAAAGUUCGUAGUAGCUCCUCCAAUGGCGAUUCGAACCAGAACAGUUCCAAUUCCUUAGUCAGAGCUCAUUCUCAAACGAUUGCUGGUUCUACAUCUGACUACCUCUGUGAAGACGAAGGAUGGAAUUCAAAUUCAAAUUCGAAAUCUACCAACGGAAGCUCUCCGGCGUCGGAUCACUACAGCCUGGCGACAUCCGGAUCGAUGAGGAAGGAGAAGGAAUGGAAGAGGACUCUGGCGUGCAAGUUAUUCGAGGAGCGGCACAGUGUCGGUGGAGGCGAAGGAAUGGAUUCGCUAUGGGAGGCGUAUGAGAUGGAUUCGAGCAAAUCGGCGACAGCUAAACCUAAAAGAGAAUCAAAGAAGGACAAAAACAAGAAGGAAGCCGAAAGCUAUUACAACAGCAGGAGGCAAUUUAAGAAAGAAGAAGAUGAACAGGAAGACAUUGAUGAUGAUGGACAGCUGUGCUGUUUGCAGGCGCUGAAGCUGUCGACAGGGAAGAUGAAUUUGGGGAUGGGAAGACCUAAUCUAGUGAAGAUCACAAAGGCCAUUAAAGGACUUGGAUGGUUGCAUCAGAUCACCAAACACAGCAAGAAAGUGCACAACACUGGAGAUAGAUAUUAGUUUCUUCCCCCAACAAAUUUCUCCCAACAGGUAAAUAUGUUCUUACUGCUUCUGAUCAUGAUUUGAGGAAAUAACCAGUUUGAUGAUGAUGAAGACGAUGAUGAUGAUGAUUUUUGCAACUAUAGUCUUAGCUUAGCUUAGGUUUUUGGCCAUGAGUUUUUGCAUUUUUUUUUCAAUAUACCAAAAUUAUUAAA